UCGCGCCCGUUUCAUACUAGUGUGGUUUUUCAUUUCCCGAGGACGCUACAGUGUCGAGUGCGACCGAACCAGAAGAGGAUGGCAGUCAUUUCCAAAAACCCAAACAAUACAACUAGUUCCUCCUCCUCCGUCGACGACCCUCUAUUGCCUUGGCUCCGGUCAAUUGAGAAAUUGUUGAAAGAGCGAACUUUAACUGACUCGAACGAUGGUAGAGAUCUGCACGAGCUUUGCUCGAACUGCAUCACUACUUUCAAGAACAACCCUCGGUACCAAAACGACGUCAGAUUCCUCAAGAUUUGGUUUCUAUAUAUGGAUAGCAGUUUGGACCACGAAAGUGUAUAUAGAGAAAUUGAGCAGAAUAAGAUUUGCUUGUUCAAUUCUAUGCUCUACGAGGCAUAUGCGUUGUUCCUAGAGGCAAAAGGGAUGUUAACAGAUGCAUUUCACAUUUACCAUUUGGGAAUUUCAAGGAAUGCUGAGCCACUUGGUAGGUUGAAGAAGGCACAAGUGUUGUUUCUCGAGAGAAUGUCUGAGAAAGUAACAGCUGGUUCAUUACAGAAGAUGGACAUUGUGUCAGAGAAUGGUGGAGCUUGUAUCAAUCCAUGGUUGGUCUCGACGAUUAAAAAUCUGUUGCAGAAGAAGAAUCCUGAGAUAUUAAAAUAUGAUGGAUACCACCCAAGCAAAAAGGCUUAUCCAGGAAAGGUGUCAUUGUCAACUUUGCAGAAAUCUGCCAGGAAUAAAACUAUUGACUUAGGUGGAUACAGCUAUCAGAUCAAGGGCUGUGCAGGUAAGGGAGGAUUUGCUCAGGUAUUCAAAGCGUGUCUCGAUGGUAAUCCGGAUGAGGUUGUCGCACUUAAGAUUCAAAAGCCAGCUUUCCCUUGGGAAUUCUAUGUUUACCGUCAACUGGACGUGCGGAUUCCAGAAAGAGAAAGAUUGAGCUUUGGCUAUGCCCACAGGUUACAUCUUUAUUCUGACUACAGCAUACUCGUUUCUGACUUCCUAGCUAAUGGCACACUUCAGGAUGCAAUUAACUCCAGUGCUGUGAUUGGUGGGUCCAUGGAAGAAGUAUUGUGUAUUUAUUACACCAUUGAGAUGCUCUGCAUUUUGGAAACUUCGCACCAUGCUCAAAUUAUUCAUGGCGACUUCAAACCCGAUAAUCUUCUGAUUCGUUAUGCGAGGGACAAUCUGACUGAUGAUGUAGAAACUUUUCGUCAGCGUACUGGUCAAUGGAGGGAUCAGGGAGUUUGCCUUGUCGACUGGGGAAGGGGCAUAGACCUGAGCCUCUUCCCCGAGCAGACAGAGUUUAUAGGAGACAGUAGAACUUCUGGCUUCCGCUGCAUCGAAAUGCAAGAAAAAAAGCCAUGGAAGUUUCAGGUGGAUGCAUAUGGCCUCUGCGUUAUUGUACACAUGAUGCUUUUCAAUUCAUAUAUGGAAAUUGAGAGAAGACCUUCUCCCGGUGGUGGUUAUAGUUAUCAACCCAAGUCGCCUUUUAAGCGGUACUGGAAAGUUGAACUCUGGAAGAACCUAUUCACCAAGUUACUAAACAUAGACCGUGCUGAAGAUCACAAGAAAAUGUUGAAUAGCCUGAGGGUGUCAUUCCAGGAUUAUAUGUGCUCAAAUCCUCAGCUCAUCAAAAAGCUUAGGCAGUUGCUGAUAAAGCAGAAAGCUUCCUUAUGUUCGUCAUAGGGACGGUGUGUAGAAGAAUGAGUCCGAAAGCAGUUCAAUGUAUCAAAUCCUCUUUGAUGUAAGAAUAUACAUUCAAGAAAGUAUGGGAAUUGCCCUAUAUAGCAUAAUGACAUGCAUGUAUCUGUAGAACUGUAGGCGCUGCUGCUUUUUUCUUCACUCUUUGGUGUCCUUUCCUAAAUUAUUUGUCGGGAAAGAUAGGCUUGUAUGUGUAAUUCGUAUCCAAAAACAGCAUAUAGUCGGUGUUCUGAACAUUUGAAUUCCUUUGCCACUUGCACUUCUCACAAAUAUUUAAUAGGGAAACAACUUAUACA